AUGUCAGUUAGAGAGGUGAAAGUCUGUCUCUUGGGAGUGAGUGGGAGUGGUAAGACUAGUCUUGUAGGGCGUUUUGUCCAUGAUACCUUUAGUCAGAACAUCACAACCACAUUAGGUGCGUCUUUUAUGUCUAAGAGUUUAACAGUUGAUAAUAGUACUAUUAAAUUCCAAAUAUGGGAUACAGCAGGACAGGAAAGAUAUCGUUCUCUAUUACCAAUGUACUAUAGAAAUGCUGCUGCUGCUAUUGUAGUCUAUGAUAUUACAAAUGAAGCCUCGUUCACAGUAUUACAAGAUUGGAUAUCUGAAUUACACAGACUGGGACCACCUAACAUUGUAUUAGCCAUUGCAGCUAAUAAGUGUGAUUUAGAGGAUAAGAGAGAAAUAUCAUACGAACAAGGGCAGUCUUAUGCAUCAGAAGUCAAUGCUAUAUUUGCUGAGACUAGUGCUUUGACUGCUAAAAAUGUAGAGGAAAUAUUUAUUGAAAUAACUCGAAAGCUUCCACCUGAUUGUUUAACAAGUUUACCAGCUGGAGCUUCACUUCUCAGACAAUCUGAUAUACCUCCUCGUCAAAAAAGUUGCUGUGCUGGAGAUAAAGGAUAA